AGCCCUACAUGUCUCUACAGAACAUGCUGCUCCUACCCAGGCUACUCCUGCUGCAUUCAGGCUCCAUCUGGAAAUCAGUUAUUCUUAUUUAAAAUCCUUUUUAGUCGUUUUAAGGCGAGUUUUCUUUAUUCCACUUACACGUGAAGGCAACAUGAGUUUUCCGCGAGCGCCACCCCCCUCCCACCCGUCCAGGUAAGAAAAGUUUCUCAGCCUUAUUUAACCCGCCCGGCGUCACGUAUAUGUCAAAAAGACCCCACCGGGUGUGAGAGAGUCUCUGAGCUCCAGGAGGACUCACCGCCAGCCAUGGCCGAGUCCCAGCUCGUGUGCAUGGAGGACGGCCACAUUGGAGUCAAAGUCCCGGAGUCCAAACCGGAGUUCUACUACAGCGAGGAGCAGCGCGCGGCCAUCGAGGAGCUGCUCAAAAACGGCGAUGGUGCCUUUAAAACAAGACUCAAAGAUGAUAAUAUGAAAGACUUUUUAUCUGCCAGAGAAGUCAAACUCUUACUAAACACGUUCAGACAGUAUGACACGGAGAAGGACAGCAGCAGAAAAGCUCCGCCGGCCGGGUCUGAGCAGGCAGCCGCGGGCACGGACGCGGAUUCAGGGGUCCACUCCACCUACUGGCCCCAGAUGUCGGACACCGAGGUGCCGCCGCUGGAUAUCGGCUGGCCCAGCGGGGGGCUGUUCAAAGGGGUGACCCGGGUCGCCGUGCACACACACCCACCCAAAGGGAACGGACCCCACAUCAAGGAGGUGGUGAGGCGCCUCAUCCAGGAGGCCAGUAAGGUGAUAGCAAUAGUGAUGGACAUCCUCACAGACGUCCAGAUCCUGCAGGACCUGAUGGAUGCGGCCUGUCGUCGCGCCGUGUCUGUUUACAUCUUGUUGGAUAACCAAGGUGUGCCACACUUCCUGGAUAUGUGCUCCAGGCUGCAGAUUGGCUCACAGCACCUUCGGAAAAUCCGAACCAGGACACUUGAGGGAAUUGGCUUCGGUUUGUCUUUCGGCAGACUGCCUGGUGCACUCUGCAAUAAGUACAUGCUGGUGGACGGGGACAAAGUCAUGUUUGGCUCUUACAGUUUCUCCUGGUGUACGUCUCGUAUGGACCGGAACAUGAUCACUGUGAUGACGGGGCAGGUGGUUGACUUCUUUGACCAGGACUUCAGAGAGCUUUACGCCAUCUCCGAAAAACUGAACCUCUACAAAGAGUUUCAUGUCAGCCCACCUGCUGCUACCACGACAAUACGCUCAAAAGUGGGCCCCAAACGCCCGCCUCUACCAGCGACCACAUCCCGCUUCCAGGUUACCUUAGGGGAUUCACGGAAAGCUGACAUCCAAGUACCUGCACACAAAUACUACAACCCCAAAUACUCACUGGUGUUUGGGGAUAUCCCACGUCCACCAGGGUCUCUGCAGGAGCCCGGGACAAAGAGAGGGUCAACCUUGGCUGAGCUAGCUGAGGAGAUGGACCCAGGAAGGCCAAAAGUGACCAGCAGUGAGAAGAUUGAGCGACUGAGUCCGAAGCCCUCAGAAGCCCCUAGUGAUAUAUUUAAGAACAAAAACGGAGUCACGCAGGAUAAGAAGGGUCGGUUCACGUGGAGGCAGAAAUUCUCCAGAGGAAAAUCGUCCAAUAAGCUUCCUGAUAGCAGCUUGGCAGGCAGUGCAAGCCCUACAGCCACAGACACCAAUAGGACGGAUGAGUACGAUGACAACUUUGAGGUGAUUGUGAAAACUCCAUCCAAAUCCAAGAGUAAGAAGCUGCCUAAACUGGGCCGAAGGACAGACUCUCAGCAAACUGUCAACAUGUCACAGGAUAAUGAAAGUUUGAAGAGUCGACUUCGACGAAAAAACGCAUGUCAAGUGUCCUGAGGUGAACUGCCAGUUUCUGACCACAGAACGGAUUACCUUCUUAAAAUGGAUUACAGAAUGACUUCCUUGAAAGUGACGUCACCUCGGACUGUGCAAUAUUGUAAGUAUUUUAUCCAGCGCCUUCAAGAAAGACCAAAUGAAUUCACGGUUCUUGAGACACUCGCAUAUGACACUUUAAUGUUUUUUGUUUGUUUGUUUUUUGUUUAAGUUGGGCGUCAAAUUUAAAAUGCUGAGUCAAUAUGCCAGGGGAUAUCCCUUUUGUACUGGUGGGGUGCAGAGAGAUUUAUUUAGAUAUUCGCUGGUGAUUGUUUGCGGCUUGAUUCUUCUGGACUUUUUUUGGCUACAUGGAUACAAGGCUAAGGGCUUGUCUGGAGGACACUGAAUGUAAAGUUAGCACAGUGUACCUUUUGAUACACUGAAAUAAGUGGGUUUCUAUUUCUGUAAAAUAAGAGUCAGACUUGGAGGGCAGUGAUCACUGAUGGAAAGAACCCUCUCUGAGAAUCCUAAAAAAGGACAUUGCCAGGACGUUACUGAUUUCUCAGUCUGACAAUCACACCAAUUAAAAUAAACCAAAAGAAAGUUGAACAAAUAUCUACCUGUGUCACCCAGGUGGUGGUGAGGUAUUGUGUGCCUUUCUAUGUAAACAGUACUGUACAAUCUUUGUUAUUUUGCUAUGUUGUCUUUCAUGUGAAACACAUAUUGCUUUUUUUUUUAAUUUCAGUGUCUAUUUGCUACACUUUGAAGUUGUGGUUUAUGUUCUACAGUUUGCUCAAUAAAUGGUGUCAGAUAGUUAACAACAAAA